AUGGACAGCAACAAGGAUGAAGCGGAGCGAUGCAUGGAACUCGCGGAGCGCUUCAAGCGCGAGAAAAAAUACGAGGACGCCGAGAAGUUCGCUCGCAAAGCUCAGAAACUCUAUCCGACGAAGAGGGCUGAGGAGCUGUUGCAGCAAGUGGCAAUGCUCUCGAAGCAGAACCAAAAGUCAGAGUCGGCUGAGCCAACCGUCAGAAAGCGACAGAAUGUAACCAAGGAAGGAACACAUUCCCACAGUAGUUCUGAAUAUACUAAAGAACAGUUGGAACAUGUAAAAAGGAUAAAGAAGUGCAAGGAUUAUUACGAAAUCUUAGGAGUCAGCAAAGAUAGCACAGACAGUGAUAUUAAGAAAGCGUACAAAAAGAUGGCGCUUCAGUUGCAUCCGGACAAAAAUAAAGCACCAGGUGCUGCUGAAGCUUUUAAAGCUAUUGGCAAUGCAGUUGCUAUUCUCACUGAUGCGGAGAAAAGGAAACAGUACGAUAUGUAUGGUCCCGAAGAAGAACGAAUGCAGAAUUCGCAUCAGGGUCAUACACAUUACAACUAUACUCGUGGAUUUGAAGCUGAUAUUACGGCCGAAGAAUUGUUCAACAUGUUCUUCGGCGUCGGCUUUCCACAACAAGAAUUUUACAUGCGUCGGCCAGGUGGGAGAUGGAUGAGGCAGCAGGAUGCACAAGCACAACAUGCUCAUUCUCAACAAGCAAACGGGUACACCACAUUUUUCCAGAUGUUGCCAGUUUUGUUGUUAAUAUUGCUAACGAUGAUGAGUAGCUUCUUCAUAUCCGACCCGGUAUACAGCCUGCACUCGAACUCGAAAUAUUCUGUGGCCAGGACAACUCAAACCUUGAAAGUACCAUAUUUCGUUAAGGAGAACUUUCAUAGCGAGUAUCAGGGCAGUUUACGUAGGCUAGAAAUCUCAAUCGAAGAGGACUUCGUGCACGGCUUGAAGCAGACCUGCGUCAGAGAGAAAAAUUACAGAGAAAGUAUGAUGUGGAAAGCCCGUAAUUUCGGAGAUCAAGAGCUAUUCUUAAAGGCUAAAAAUCUCGAGACACCUUCGUGUAAGAAACUACAGGACCUGCAAGCUUGAUAGGCGAAGCAUGUAUAUUAAAUAGGAAUCUAUUGUAGAUAGAUGUACAUUGCGUUAUUUACACGCGCAUAAUUGUCUUUGAGUGUGACGAAAGAAUUUGGCGUGUAACGAGAUGCAAUCACAUGUUUUAUCACGUUCCUGUACACUCAUGAGAUGAAAUCUAGUAUAUUUUGAAUUUCCACCGAGAACACAUGUAUAAUCGGAUUAUUUCAGUCGUCAGUUUGUGUCGUACGUGAAUUAUAAAUUGCAUGGUAAAUGACUGAUUACAUUGUGCAAAUUGAGUUCUUAGCUUUCAAUUGGAUUUGGCUAAAGAUCGGCAUCGGAAAAAAUUACUUUUUCCUUUUUUCUGUGGUUCUUAUAUUUUUCUAAGAGCGUACAUAAUAUUUAUAGAUCUAUAUUUUAAGAGGCAAGCUAUCAAGUUAUUUGUAAAGGAAAUAUCUCCGAUGCUUUUUGCACCUUCCUUUGGCUUUCCACGCGCAAACAUACCAUGGUAUUGUAAAGUACUAUAAGGUAUAAAUAAGAUUACAGUCAUUUUGAAUACUCAGUUAUUUAUAACGAGUGAACUCUGCAAGUUACCACUCAUAAGUACGAUUGCACGUAUAAUCAGUAGUUUUUAUUAAAUUAAAUUAAAUUAAAUUAAAUGAGUGCAUCGUAUGCAUGUCUCGCAGAUUUGUGGGUCUUAAUUUAUUUCAUAACACUUUUUCCAGUUGGAAGUUACAAAUCAGAAAUCUCUAAUCUCAACAAUUCAUAUUUUAUAUGAGAUCUUACUAUUUCACAUAAUUGCAUUGUUCAUAUGUUCUUUCUGGAAAUAUAUACAUUUGUGUGCAAUUCAGCGUGGAAGAAGGGAGCAAUUCGACAAAAAUGUAUUUUAAUUAACUGCUGCUGGCAAAGAAAUAAUUAAGGGCUGUUUAAUUAUUUUUUUUGCCUUGCCUCUGUAUCGAAUUUUAUUAUCAGAGUUUUAAUUACAGAUAAAUAAAAUUUAGAUAACAAUAUCUUACAUAAGUUGUUAUACUCGUAUGUGUCGAAUUGAGCCCUUCUUACCUGAGUUAUUUCAACGUUUCUUUCAUCAAUUCUAUAAUUUGCAAAGAGGACAUCGACACUAGAUUAUUUACAAUCCAAAUUUAGAUUUGUAGCAAAUAUCUUGAUGUUAUUAAGUUAUUAUCAAGUAGUAACAAACAUUCAGUAUUUGCUUCGAAUGAGUUUUAAUAUGUAUUUUUUAAAUUAACAAAAGAAUUUUCUGAUAUACAUAAAAGUUUACUCAGGCUAACGAUAGCUUGACUAAACUUCUUUAUUCUACUUUGAUUGGUUUUUUGAUGAGAACAAGUCGAAUUUCCCAAUGUAGCAUACGAAAUAGAAUGAUAAUAAAUUAGAAAUUAAGAGUGAUAAUUGUUCAUCCAAAAUAAUUAAAAAAAAUUAUUGAUAUUGUACAUUUCCUGCAUAUUGUAAGACUUUAAUGUGAUCGAAUUGUAAUUAGAUCAAGCAGUUUGAGAAAUAACCAGGCUGGUAUUAAAUAUAUGAGAAUUAUAUACAGUGUGCAUUUUAAAGUGUAAUUAUAUAAAUGUUGCGAUUUGCUAUUUAAAUAUUUAUAAUUAUUUUCACCUAUUAUUAUUUCCUGGUUUUUAGCACAGACAUGUUUAUUUAUGAUUAAUAAAUCAUGUUUAAAACCU